GUCAGGCCGGUGACGCAGAGGGUCAUGUGUUGUUUGUGCUCUGGCCCGUAGAGAUGUGUACAGGAGGAGAAGGGAACGGAUUGCUAACCGAGCUAGCCGGAUCCUCCCGAUUAUAGAAACAACUGCCGAACGUGGUCAUGUUGCACACGGUGGGCUUCAUUUCGUGAAGAAAAGCCCGCGUUGGAGCACGAGCACCCGCUGCUUUACCGGGCGAAGGGACUUGUUUUUUUGUUUGUUUUGUUUUUUUUUGUUAACGGAAUAACGACGCCGGUCCGCGAGGAGGAUUGCAAAUCUGAGCCGCGCGAGUCAACGUUAGCUGGCCUAGCCGGACUCGGGAGCUCGUCUCCCAAAACAAGAAUGGGGUCUAGGUCCACUCGGAUUAGCUUGCUAGUAAAGUGACCUUUGAUUGUGUUCUCUGAUGGCAAAUUUCACGAAUUACCAGGAAGGCAAGGCAGCGAUGUUGAUGGUGGAGACGCAGCAGAGGGACGUGGGGACGAAAUCCGCGGCCGCCACCGCGAACGGAGACGGCUCGGUCGGGGAACCCCCUUCCCCGUUAAUUAAUAUCGGUGGCGGCGGCGGCGGAGGAGGAGGAGGCGGCUCUCGCUUCCAUCAACAUUUACCGCCCUCCAACCACCUCCACCAUCAACAACACCUCAGCCACCACCACCCGCCAAAGGAUCAACAACAACAGCAGCACCAUCACUACCAGCUCGCCCCGCAGCAGCAGCAGCAUCUUUCCGGAGAAAACCUCGCAGAGUCCCCGGGCAGGAAAGCCUCCUCCUCGUCUCUCAGCCAGGUACACGCCGCCGAGGACCCCGCCGCUUCUUCCUCCUCCUCCUCCGCCGCCGCCGCUAGCGGCAGCAGCAGCGGCAGCAGCAGCCAUGUAUACGCGGCUGUGAGCGUCGCUAACCCCUCGGACGUUGUGGAUGAUAUACGCAAAUGUGGCUACUUACGAAAGCAGAAACACGGACACAAGAGGUUCUUCGUGCUCCGGGCGGCCAGCCACCUCGGGCCGAGCCGCCUGGAGUACUACGACAGCGAGAAGAAAUUCAGGAACAGCCUGCGCUCUGCUGCCGCGGCCGCCGCCAGCGGUGGAGCGGUCGCCCCUUCUCCCCCGAAAAGGGUUAUUUACCUCUACCAAUGCUUCACGGUAAACAAAAGGGCGGAUUCCAAAAACAAACACCUCAUUGCCCUUUAUACUAAGGACGAGUACUUUGCCAUUGUGGCCGAGAACGAGCAGGAGCAAGAGGACUGGUACGUGGCUGUCAGCGAGCUGAUGAGCGAGGGCAAAAAAGGGCACUUGGAUUCAGAUGAUCUGGAUGAUGGGUACGGUACAGUCACCCCCGGUACUGUGUUCAAAGAGGUGUGGCAGGUGAAUGUGAAGCCUAAAGGACUAGGUCAAACUAAAAACCUCACAGGUGUUUACCGGCUUUGCCUCUCAACUAAAACCAUUCACCUCGUUAAGCUGAACUCUGAAACCCCCUGUGUCAACCUCCAGCUGAUGAAUAUCAGACGCUGCGGACACUCGGAAAGCUUUUUCUUCAUCGAGGUGGGUCGCUCCUCCUCCAUUGGGCCGGGAGAGAUCUGGAUGCAGGUGGAUGAUUCGGUCGUGGCCCAGAACAUGCAUGAAACCAUCUUGGAGACGAUGAAAGCCCUGAAGGCUUUUGCAGAGUUUCGGCCCAGGAGUAAGAGCCAGUCAUCAGGCUCCAACCCUAUGCCGUUCAUCACAACACGGCGCCACCUGGGCAACCUGCCACCGAGCCAGACGGGACUGCAGCGGCGGUCGAGGACAGAGUCAGUUGUUGGCACGCCGCCGUCAAGUAAGAGCUCUGGGGCAAGUGGUUAUCGCUUCAGGACAUCCAGUGAGGGCGAGGGGACGAUGAACCGGCCGUUCCGCUCAGCCACAGGAAGUCUGGUUCACCUUAACUCUGCACGUGCCCAUCAUGGCCGCCAGGAAGGCGGUGGCAGCGGCAGCGGAGGUGGCGUUGCCACAGGAAAUGCUGGCACAAGCACCGGCAGCGGACGCUACGUCAGAGCCAUCCCGGGGUCGGCGUCCACCUACCACGCCCGCUCUGCCUCGCUGCCAGUCUCCCACUUCCCCUCCACCACCAGCCCGGUGAGCGUCUCCUCCAGCAGCGGCCACGGCUCAGUCUCCGACACCCUCACCCGCCCAUCAAGCGCCUCGAUAUGCGGCUCUCCAUCUGACGGCGGCUUCAACUCGUCAGAUGAGUACGGCUCCAGUCCUGGUGAUUUCCGGUACUUCCGGGUGCGGAGUAACACGCCCGACUCCCUUGGCAACACGCCACCAAUCAGAGAAGAGAACUGUCUAAAUGAUUACAUGGCCAUGGGCUGGAACCGGGAGGUGUUCGGCGCUGGUGGUGGCUCUGGAAACAACAGCGGAGGCGACACGCCACGAGAUGAGAGCACGUCGACGACAGAGGAUGAACGCUUGUCCACAUCAUCUUCAUCAUCACUGAGGAGGAGGACUCACUCUUUCUCCAGACCUGCCGGUGGUGCAACCGGCGGUUCUGGAGUGGCGGUUUACCAGAAAAUGACCCAGACCAACUUCUCAUUGGAAGAGGGGUCAGAUAUCGUGUUGCCAUUCGGGAGUGGGCUGCUCCGCGGCGGUCCCUCAUCCUCCUCUUCCUCCCUCCGCUCUGACUACAGCUCCUGCUCCGAGCACAGCCAGCAGAGCCGUCCCUCCACGCUCUCCCGGACAGAGGCCGGUGGCGAGCGCCCGCCCCUUUCCUCCUCCUCUGCCAAGGAAGACAGCGGCUACAUGCCUAUGAUGUGUGGCGUAGCCGCGUCGCCACGGGAUACUCCUCCCGACUACAUGCCUAUGCAACCCAGCUCUUACUCCCAUCCCGUCUCCCACUCUCCUCAGUUUCACAGUCCAGCUUUAGGUCCCCGUUCAGCCCACCAUCAGCCCCAGCUCCAGUCUCAAUCCUCCACAGACUCCCAUGGCUACAUGAUGAUGCUCCCAGGGGGCAGUGGCAGCUCCCCGUCUCCUGGUCAGGCCUCCCCCAGCCCUCACAGUAGCUCCAGCACGGCAGGUGUCAGUGGGGGUGACAGCAUAGCAGAGAGGCCAGAGAAUGGAGAAUAUAUGGACAUGUCAUACAGCAGCAGCGGGGGUCGCAAGCUCUCAAAUGAAGGGAGCGGUGGGUAUUACACCCCUGGCACACCCGAGAAUACCCCCAAAUCUUACAGCCCUUAUUUCUCCCUCCCUCGCUCCUACAAGGCCCCCACCAGAGAGAGGGAUGAGAAGGAGUAUGGGGAGUAUGUUCCCAUGAGUUCUCCUGCCAAGCCAGUAUAUUCAUCAGUUGCCACAGCUUCCAUGUCAACCCCAGAGAAGAGGGCUGGAGGAGGAAGUAGCACCUCCACCCCUUCUCACCCACCACCGCCUUAUGGAGCUCACCAUACCACCGCAGCAAUGGCUGAUCGGCGCGUGGUGAGGCCCAACCGCCUCCCUUUAGGCCGAAGAAGUUUCCAUGGCCCGCUGCGGGUUAGUGAGCCCUCCACAGCGUCUGCAGGCACCUCCACCUCAGUCCCUGCCACUGUCAGCUCAUCUGAAGGGCCCUCCAGCCCUGGAGAGUAUAUCAACAUUGAGUUCGGGGAUCAUUACCCCCACCAACAACAGCCCCCCGCCUACCCUCUCUCUGCCCAAGACGAAGCGCCUUCCCUGGGGUCCAGUGACCACCGUCGCUCCCCUCCCCAGCCCCAAACUCACCAGGACUAUAUGAGUGUGGAGGUUGGGGCAGACCAACAGGACAGCGCUGGGUGUCUGGGUAAAAACCAGUCCCCCAGACCCAGCCUUGUUGCCCCCUGGAACCCACCCAGCUAUAUCCGACCCCUGGCUAGCAAUCCUGGGGCGCUGGCCUCCCCUGGAGUCCCUGCCGGAGGUCACUGGCGGUCAAAGGGGGAUGACUACACGGACAUGACCUUUAACCUCAGCAGAGGUGAGAGGACGCAAACGAGCCCCACCGCCAUGCUGCAGCAUCUCUGUGUGAUGGAGGGUCAUUACGGCCACGCUCCCCCCGCCUCCUCCUCAUCCAUUUCCCCUCCUCUCCCUCCGUCGAGCCCGGGCAGGGCGCCGACACAGCAGCUGGAACCUAAGGUGGUUCGGGCCGACCCUCAAGGCAGGAGGAGACACAGCUCUGAGACGUUCUCCUCCACCUCCUCCUCUAAUUCAACUCCCUCUGGAGGAGGUCUCGGCUCCUCAUCCUCAGCCACCCACCCCACGCUGGUCAACCCCACGGCCCCCAACGGAUCUUACCUAACUGAGGGUCAGGCUUCCAGAUGGUCCAGCUCAGCAUCUUUUGACAGCGUGUGGGUGUCCUUGGAGGGUUCAGGGGACUCGCCUGCUCACCACGCUCCAGUAAGAUCUCAAGAAAUGGGCGCUUCAGGCUCAUCCUCCUCCUCCUCCUCAGGGGCUGGAGCAGGUAGAAUGUGCAGGAACAUGUCUGUGGGCUACCAGAACGGCCUGAACUACAUUGCCUUGGAGCUGAGGGAGGACGGGAGUAAUAUGGGAGCCGUGACGUCGGGAGCCGGUAGCAGCAACGGGAGCUCGGCGGCAGUGGCGGCGGCGGGGACGGUGCCUCUGCUGGAGAACGGAGCCUAUGCCAGUAUAGACUUCACCAAAUCAGAUGGAGUCACCACGACAACCAAGGACUGAGCAACGUGACGACAGAGUUCUCCCACCUCCUCCUCCUCCUCCUCCUCGUCCUCCUCCUCCUCAUCUCCCUGCUCGGGGCACUUGACUCUGCCUGUGACCUUUUGGCCUCUCCCCCCGCCGGCGACCUCUGACCUCUUAACACCCAGACUGAGAAGAAGCCGCUCCCUUCUGGAUGCAGAAAAACAACAACAACAACAAGAUCAUCACCACAGAUUACAGAAAACGCUUGCAGUUUUUUUUUUUUUUAAAACUUCUAAAUGUAUUUCAUCUUUUAUUUUUUUGUGUUUUAUAUGCAUAUCUUGUCUUGUUCUUUUUUUUUUUUCUUUAAAUCAUUUCCCCCUCUCACAAUCGAUGCUGCCGGUGUGCGCUGCUUUCAGUUUUUUACCCCCCAUGUUUGACUGGGGUGUCAACAGAACUCUCGAUGGUCUUAUUAUUAUUAUUAUUAUUAUUAUUAUUAUUAUUAUUAUUAUUAUUAUUAUUAUCCGAUGGUUCUGCUUCUCCAUAAAGUAUUAAAAAAAAGGGAGGCUGGAAUAUAAGACAAGGCAUUAUGGUACAGACUUGGACACUUUUAUGUUGAACUUAAAAUAUACAUUUUUAUUUUUUAUUCUAAUUUUUUUCCCCCCCAUGUGUAAUCCAUCCUCAAUACGGUACCGUACAGAACAGAGACAGCAUUUAUUUCAUUUUUUAUUUUCUGAACGAGUUACCCCCUUUAAUGGUACGAUCCAUUUCAGAGUCGACAAGUGGCAUUGCACGAGCACCGUGAUUGUUCCCGUACUUUUUAUAACAUGGUACUGCGCCAGUAUGGGGGUUUUAUCCGUAAAAACCUUGAAGCAUUACUCUCCUCAUAUCCUGUAGCACAUAUUAUUUAUUGGUCGCGAUAGUAGUCCGGUACAUUUCUGUGUUUUGUGGCGGUACGCAGCAGGGUGGUGAGGAAACGACACAGGCCAACAAUCGAAUGCUGGAAAGUUUUAUUUUGUGUGUUUGAAGACUGUCUCGUCUGCAAGCCACUGCUGCAUCAAACUGAACAGUUUAAAGGGAUAGUUCAACAAAGCUAACAAGAGCUCGUGUUGAUCCAGUGAAUACGACACCGCAGCUGGCUAGCUUAGCGUAGCGCAAAGAAUGGAAGCGAUGCGGAAACAUCUAGCCUCACUCAAUUCAGAGUUUACCCUCCAAUAGAGCCAGGCUAGCUGUUUCCCUUUGUUUCAAGUCCUUAUGCUAAGCUACGCUAACCCGACUGCUGGCUGUAGCUACGUAACAAACCGCCUGAUAUCAUAGCAGCAUUGAAGGUCUUAGCAAAAGGAGCAUUUUCCCUCUAAAUGGUGGAGCUAUUCCUUUAAGAAAAACAUCAGUGAUUAACGAAAGUAGCUUGCAGAUGUUUUGAACUCAGCUGCUACGGCCGACGAACGGUUCAGGUUGUUUUCCCGCCCUGCUGCUCGGUUACGUUUCCCAGUUGUUUUGCCCGAGGAAAGAAAAAAAAGCACAGGUGCUUACGUUUGUUUUAUUCUUGUCCACACUAAGUUUUUACCUCAAGACAGGAAAUAAUUGAUUAACUGUUGACAUUAAAGGUCUAACUUCUUCUAUCAGUGGCUCAAACAUUUCCAAAGAGGUUUACAUUGCUACCAGCUGCUAAAGGUGCAGUACGUAAGAAAAGGUUGCUAAAGUUCUUGAAAGACGAUGUAACGAGAGUACAGUAGAGUUCUGAUGUGACGUUAAAGACGUCUAUGUAUUGUGUUACAGAGAUUUGAGCCCGACAGAUACUCCAUUUUUGGGGUCGAUAUUGAUAUUUGGAAGCUGGCAGCGAGCCCUGAAACACUGGUGUCAAAGAAGGAUGUAAUCCAGACAGAAUAGCGUUGAAAUAUUAGCCGAUAAAAUUCACUAACUGGUCGGAUCUAACGGAGAUUUCUGCAGAUGUUAGCAUGCUAACAGCUAGCCUCUGGCCGACCACUUUAGACUCUAAGAGGCGACAGACUGAUAGUACAGCUCGGGCUUCUGCAGGCUAGUUAGCAACAUUAGCGCUGACGUUACGCUGCCCCCUGUUGGUUUGGAGUACAAAAACAACAGAUGGCCAUUUCUUACAUAUUGCACCUUUUUUUUUAUGUUUCAAUCAGUCCGACUGUCGACUAUAACAAUUCGUAACUGAUGGCUGGCUCAAUUUUGAACAUGUACGACGACAGUUCAGGUUAGCGAGGGCGAGUCGCGCCAACACACACACACACACACACACACACAAUAUGCUGUGAACGGUAAAAAGCACAAAGUACAGACGCUGACACUUGGAUGCAAUCACAUGAAUUGUCUUGCAAUUCAACCGUCUACUGUUCGGCAGCGGCAUGUUUCCACAUACGCACACAUGCAUACCUGUAGGUCAUGAAGACGAGGGUCGCCGCCAUGUGACGCACACAAACACACACACACACAGUAGUCAUUAGGCCCUAUUUAGGUGAGGGUAACUCCUGCAUGCCCCCCAGAUUCAGCUCAUUGUCAGCGUCUCUCGGUGACAUCCAGGAUUUCUCACACACACACACACACACAUACACACACACACACACACACAUGCAUGCUGGGGCGUUCGUCAUUGGCGCCGAGUGACGUAAAGAGGUUUCCAGUAACCGGAGCUGCAGCCCCAGGUGCAGCGCGCUGGUCAUACUUGCCCUGUUAAACUCUCACACGCAGUCGCAUAUAUGCACACACACGUCGGGACAGGCAGCGAACACCCACAUCAAUCACAACACACACACACACACACACACACACACUUUAACAGACUGAUACGCCCAUAUUUAGCGUUUCUACUCGUGCUACUCUCCCAUGACUGGAGCCCACACGGCUGCUUUCAUAGAGAGAAAUGUGCUGAAACACAAAGACUGACAGCUAACGUAGGCCACAGAAUUGUUCAGUGUUUGCCCUCUGUAAGAUUUUCCCUCUGUCGUGUUUCCAUCACUUCUUUUUUUUUUAUUUUUUUAUUUUCUUAAAUUUGUGUGGACGGAUGAAGGCCUGUCACUCUCCGCUGCGCUUCUGUGUGGGACGCAUCAUUGUCACGCUUUUUUAGGGCCUCCCCCCUCCCGCACAGCAGGGAUGCUGAGGUGUCUUUAAAUAGUUUGUUCGUGUCUGCUUUAGGCGGGGUUUUUUUUUGUUUUGUUUUUUUUUGUUUAAAUAAUCUCAACAUGGCCACCUACGUGCUGCAGUGAACUUCACACAUCUGAUACUCCCAUGCAAACUUGGAGGAUUGGCACUCAAGUCGUAAAUAUCUCGGCUAGAUGAGAUUGUGUGGUGCCACGUGCCAGGAUUGUUCACGUUUAAGCUUUCCGUACGUAAAGUUUGAUAACUUGAAAACGACAAUUCAAGCUGCAGAAA